UUCUGUAACCAAGAAACAACUUUGUUAAAUCAAUUUUGUAGAAAAAUCUGCUAUGAAACUGACAUAACUAUAUUUCAACAAUGACUUCAAAUAUUUGUGAGAUUGAAAAAUUGGUGGAACUUUUUGAUUUACAAAAAAAUGACAGCGAUUUGUCUGAUGAUGAUCAACAGAGUUAUCCGGAAGAGGGAAGGCCAAAAAAAGAAAAAAAACACACAGAUAAAAGCAAGGCAAAAAAAUUUAACCCUUAUGAAAAAAUUGCACCCAAGCCUGUAGAAAAUAAAGAGGUUAAGGAUCCAGAUGAAAUGCUGGAUGAUAAUGUUGUAUUAGAGUCGGAAAAACAUAAGGCUGAUUGGAAGAAAACUCCUAAAUGGGAUUUAUCGUACAAACAACAAGUUACAGCCUCGGAUGUGUUCCUACAAAUGGGGUUUAAAACCCCGUCAUCAUCAAGCUGCGAGGACAUGAUAAUAGUGGUAGAAUUGCCAGGAGAAAACCAGAAAAAUAUGGAUUUAAAAAUUUUGCAACAAAGUUUGACUUUGUCAACGCCUAAUUUUUAUUUGGACAUCACUUUGCCUCACCCUGUAGAUCCGCAAAGGGGCAACGCACAGUUCGACAAGGACGCAGAAAAACUAACAAUUACUUUACGAAUGGAUAGGGAGCUAGAUUUUGUCAAUUUUUAGUUUUUUGCUUUAAUAG